AGGGGCAUCAGGAAAGGACGUGGGAUCCAGCAGGGCUUUGUGCACGUUCCAAGGUAUGAAGUGGGAAGAACACAGAUAGUAUCUGUGAUGCUGCCUGAAGAUGCUGAGAAGCUGCAUCAGAUGGAGAGCCUGCAGCCCUGGCGGCAGCCCCUGGAGCCCUGGAUGGUCUACAGAGAGCACCGUGGACAGAAGCCCCUGGGCGUAUUCUUGCUGAAUGGAGCUGAAUGGAGAUUCAACCGGCUGCGGCUGAAUCCAGUCGUGUUGUCAGGAAAGGCCGUGCAGAAGUUCAUCCCCAUGGUGGACGAGGUGGCAAGAGACUUCUCCGAGGCCCUGAAGAAGAAGGUGCUGCAGAAUUCCCGGGGCAGCCUGACCCUGGAUGCCCAGACCAGCAUCUUCCACUAUACCAUCGAAGCCAGCAACUUUGCUCUUUUUGGAGAGCGGCUGGGCCUCUUUGGCCCACACCAGAACGCUGGCAGCCUGAAGUUCAUUCAUGCGCUGGAGGCCAUGUUCCAGUCCACUGCUCAGCUCAUGUUCCUGCCCAAGAGCCUGUCCCGCUGGAUGAGCUCCCAGGUGUGGCAGGAACACUUUCAGGCCUGGGACUACAUCUCUGAGUAUGCCAACAACUGCAUCCAGAAGGUGCAUCAGGAACUUGCACGCAGCUUCCCUCAGGACUACAGUGGCAUUGUGGCUGACCUGAUCUUCCAAGGGGACUUGUCACUAGAUGCCAUCAAGGCCAAUACUAUUGAACUCACAGCAGGGAGUGUGGACACGACAGCCUUCCCCUUGGUGAUGACGCUCUUUGAGCUGGCUCGGAACCCCAAUGUGCAGGAGGCCCUGCGCCAGGAGAGCCUGGCAGCAGAGGCCAGCAUCUCUGCAAACCCCCAGAGGGCCCCCUCAGAGCUGCCCCUGCUGCGGGCUGCCCUCAAGGAGACCUUGCGGCUCUACCCAGUAGGAAGCAUUUUGGAGCGAACCACCAGCUCAGAUCUGGUGCUUCAGAACUACCACAUCCCAGCUGGG